ACGAGUUAAACUAAAACAAAAAGCAUAAACAUUUAUUACUAAAUGGCUCCGUGUCGUACGAUGGUUCUGCUCUGUCUGGUUCUGUUUCUGGCGGCGAGUAGCUCUUCUUAUGUGGCCGCUGCAAGAAUUGGAGCCACCGUGGAGAUGAAGAAUAGGAAGAGCUUAGGGUUUAAAGACAGCCUUAUUUCUGGUUACUUGCCCAAAGGUGUUCCCAUUCCUCCUUCUGCCCCUUCGAAGAGACACAACUCUCUUAUUGACUCUCAUCCUCAUUGAUUUUUUUUCAUAUUAUCUUUUUGUUUAUUCAAUGUAUUUUUUUUUUUUUGCGGUUUUGUUUUAUAGUUUAGAUCAACAUAGUUACACAUAGGAUAU